AAAAUGCUGCCUUCGCAAGAAGCCUCCAAGAUUUACCAUGACAACUACAUGCGGAAUUCGCGGGCCAUUGGGGUUCUGUGGGCUAUUUUCACCAUAUGUUUAGCCAUUAUUAACGUGGUGGUGUUCAUUCAGCCCUACUGGAUUGGGGACAGCGUGAACACCCCACACGCCGGCUACUUCGGCUUGUUCCACUACUGCGUGGGCACUGGGAACUCCAACCGGGAGCUCACCUGCCAAGGAACCUUCGCCGAAUUCAGCAGCAUCCCUUCGAGCGCAUUUAAAGCGGCAACCUUCUUCGUGUUGCUGUCCAUGGUGCUGAUCUUGGGAUGCAUCGCCUGCUUCAUCCUCUUCUUCUUCUGCAACACCGCCACUGUCUACAAGACCUGCGCUUGGAUGCAGCUGCUAUGUGCCGUGUGUUUGAUCCUGGGCUGUAUGAUCUUUCCGGAUGGCUGGGACUCGGAAGUGGUGCGAGACAUGUGUGGCGAGGAGACGGGGAAGUACACGCUGGGGAACUGUUCGGUGCGCUGGGCCUACAUGCUGGCUAUCGUUGGCAUCAUGGACGCCCUCAUCCUCUCCUUCCUGGCCUUCGUGCUGGGCAACCGGCAGAACGACUUCCAGCUGGAGGAGCAGCUUAAAGCAGAACAAAAAGGUCCGUGUAUUUACAAGGAGGUUCAGUUUCAGCCUGGACAGACCUUCUACAGGGGCUGUGACAAGUGCUACUGCCACGAAAAUGGCUACUUUUGCCUCUCACCGAUGAAACCUACCACAUGGCCCAACAAGUGCCAGCGGGUUUCGACAGAGUGUGGCUACCGCAUCGUUUAUAAGGAGUUGCCGGAGGUGGAGUGUCGUGCCUACAGCUGGAUCCGGUGA